AAACAUUCAUCAUUCCCUGCUUUGUUUGCUUUGUUUCUGGCUUAAUACAAAGAUGGCUGAGUGUGGGCAUGCCCGCCGAGUUACUGGCCUUCUCAGGUGAAAUCUCUCUAUUUGUCCUCCAGGCACCAACACACAAAAGCCUCCAACAACUUACUUUCGGACGAAGGCUGUGGCAUAGCCAUUAUGACUUCAUACACAUAUUCAGCCCUUCCUCCAGGGUCUUUCACUCACAGAAGCGGAAAACAUCUCUAUGAGGCGCUCUCCUAUACAUGGGGUAGUGGCAUUAAGUCUCAGUCAAUUCUGAUAGAUGGAUCCCUUCUCUCUGUGACUGAAAACCUCCACACUGCGCUAAUAUACCUUCGGGAUCAUCAACUGGAGAGAGUAUUGUGGGUUGAUGCGGUCUGCAUCAAUCAGAAAGAUGAAGAUGAAAAAGCGAAGCAUAUCCCGUACAUGCGAGCUAUUUACGCACAAGCCGAUCGUGUGAUGGUUUGGCUUGGGGAGCCAGAUGAUAAUGAGGGCAAUGCACUUGACACUAUUCAUCGUCUCGCAGAAGACAAGGUGCUUAUGCUGUCGACGUCGGCCACUGUUCUCUCAUCAGGAGUUAAUUACAACGCCUGUCUUAAGAUGUUCAGGCACGAUUGGUUUCGCCGCAUUUGGGUACUGCAAGAAGUCGGUGUCGCGCGAUGUGUUAUCUUUCAAUGUGGCUUCACUCAAGUUGACGGCUUUGCCAUCUGUGAAGGCCUUGGUGGCUUGGAGACAUCGUUCUUACCCGAAUACAUCUUCCCAAUUGUCCCUCUCGUUCGAGGUGCAAUAUUUCGGUCAAGAAGUACACCAAAGUCACGCGUUACUCGCUCCAUAGGGGAGCUCAUUGAUAUGCAUCAUUCGCACUUGGCCACGGUGUCACAUGAUAAGAUAUAUGCGUUACUUGGUCUGUGCUCAGACGAUCUUGGCACACCCUGUUUAAUACCAAACUACAAGGGUGCCCUCGAUGAAGUCGCUAAGCGAGUCAUAACGUAUGUAUUUGAGGGGAAAUGCGACGUGACGAUUGCGCCUGGAACUUUGACAGCAGUGAUCAAGGGCAAAGGCUGGAUCCUAGGCCGCGUUAUAUCGGUUCAGAAGAGCAGCUACAGCGAUAUCAACCAGGAAAUUGAGAUUCAGUUUCACAAGUCUCAUGUGAGCCAAACUCUAGAAAAUCAGUGGGGCAACAAAUGGAGGCUUCAAGCUUCGGCAACGCCGAUCCAGACAAAUGAUGUUGUCUGUGUCAUGCAGGGAUCUUCAAAGCCUAUAAUUAUCAGACUGAGCAAAGACCGAAUCAGUGUGGUCAUAAGUACAGUGGUUCCACGAAUUACCCCAGAAAGAAGCCGCGAAGAAUUGUCCUUUGAGGAGCUCUCAGACGUGCACCCACAGCAAGUAGAACCCACAGACGGGACUCUGGUUGACUUGCUUGUCACUUGGGACAUUAUUGAAACUAUCAAUGAUAAAGGAAGCGAACAUCCUCAUCAGCUAGCAAAACUAAGCAACAUGGCGCUUAAUCACCCAGGGCAAGCGGCUGACCAAGAAGACUUGAGGUGUCGGCAACUCAUCAUGGAAGACAUAGUUGUCGAUAUUGUGAGUCGCAGUGAAUUCGCAGUCCAUUUCGAGCCAUUGAAGCUUCUACUUUGCCAAACCCUACUCAAAGUACCAGUCAGCGAAAGAUUAAUCUAUGCCGCGUUAGUAGAGCCCUAUGAAGAAGCUUCGGUGAAGGCAGUACCGGAUUGUACUGGACUUCGCAGCCUUCUUUUCUAUCCAGUAAACAGGAAAACGAUCACUGAAGCCGUUAUCCUAAAAGCAAUGUCUCCUUUGGAAGUAUAUCCCAGCAUAUCAUUCUUCUACGAACAUCAAAGAAGUUUGCAGAUCAAGAAAAGCCUGAUCAAGGCAGCCUUAGAACAUGUCGACGCACCGGAAAUUUUGAGGCGCAUUUCCCUCAACAAAAGGAACCCAUCGGGAUCUGAGAGUCUGAUCAAAACAGCGAUUAUGAUGCCACGGGGAUAUGAUAUUCUACGUCAGGUCUUCUCGCCAUUAAAUGAGGGCCCGCCAAUCACUGAAGACUUGGUAAAAUAUGCUGCGGGGGGGUUCGUUGAAUCGCUAUCACCGGUGCAAUAUUUCACUUUCCAGGGGGAUUUGCCGCCUCCUGAAAACGAAGCUCAAGCAGCAAAGCACAAUGAGGUCUUCUAUAAACACAGUAAAAAUCUCGUAAGGUUGUUCUAUAACUGCCAAAAAAGUGUGGUCGUUGCCGCAACAAAGGACCCUGAAGUCGGGAAGAAAAUUAAUCGAAUGGUCCUUAUUGGCUCAAUACGAAGAGGAAGACGGGAUGACCAGAACCCGUUUGAAUCCUCUAGCUCCGAUGAAUGCCUAAAGCUAAGGAGGAAAAGGAAUGGAAAGGAAAGGAGGAAGCUACGGAGAGCGGUAGACAAAUGGGGGCCUUCUGAAAGUAUCUUGAUGCCUACGUCCGAGGUGUCAUCGUCGUCGUCUCUGGAAGCGUCCUCAUCCGAUUUAGAACAACAGAAUCCCUUCUCCAAAGUUAGAUUCUAA